AUGUAUCGCCCCGUGCAUGAAAAGGGGAGGUCACCAGAGCGCUGCCCAGUUUGCUUGGCAUUGUCAGGUGGUUUGGACUGGGAGCAUGCCCAGGUGCAGUGGAAUGCAGUUGUCAUGGCAUCCGCGCAUCUCUUGAGCACUACCCACUUUGAACAAGGAUUUACUGGAUUACAGUGUCCAUGUGCCUUAGGCCAUGGCCCAGUUCGCUCAGUUGUGGCCACAGCCAUCGCAGCCGGCGCCCGUUUGUCUCCCGAGGCCUUCGCUAGGAUCUUUGUAGCUGUACAGGGAAGGGAAUUUGUCUAG